CGAAGGACAAGCAAGAGACAGCAGGACGAGUCAUGAAAACACCGAGAAACAAAUGAAUGAGAAACGAAAGCGAGGAGAAAGUGGACGGACCGAGGGGGAAGUUAUGAGCCGAACUGCGACGAAUUACCGGGGAGAGUGUCCGUGAGUGGAGAAAGCCGACUGAGAGGGGGAGAGACAACAAAGUCACAAGGUAAAGUAGAAGUGCAGAGCUGUAGAAACAAACCGAGAAAAGCUUUUGCUGCCAUCAUUUCUCCUUCUGUUUUGGACUGAGAUGCCGCGGGAUACAUUUCACCACGACGCUGGAGUUUCUCUUGGACGGAAGCCACAGCUGUAGUUGAGUAUUUCCAGAGAUAUCUGCAGCUUGGUUGAACUUUUUUUUUUUUUUUUCGCUGACUGAAGGUUUUAGGUUUGCUGCUGUUCUCCUAAGCCCUGUGCGUCUGGCACACCUGUUCCUUGUGGCCUUUUUUGGACAAAAUGUUGGCAACUGCUGGGCUUUGGAGAAGCUACAGAAGCCAUGUUAAAUCUAUAAGAGAGAAUACACACAUGGUUGCAUUGGCAAGACGUUUCAGGAGGUUUUUAUGCUUUCCUCACAUGCACACUUUUCUUUCUAGUGAGCAUCUGGAGAAAUUGUACAAGUCCUUUCUGCACCAUACAUCAAUCUGACUCCUCUGUUAUUGAACACCCUUUAACAAAACAAAAGCAGAAGAUAUAUAACCUCUCUCAUCAUGCAUUUUACUCCAAAUAUAAAGCUUUUUGCAUGAAGUGCUGUGUGCUGCAGAAGUAGAUGUUUGUGAUGAGUUUAGGUGCGUCUCUCAUCAUGCAUUUCCUCCAAACAUGAAGCUUUUUUGCAUGAAGUGCUGUGGCUGCAGAGGUAGAUGUUUACACCUCAGUACAGAAGAAUGUCAGGGUCUGUGUUUAAAGCCUGAGAGGCUGAUAAUGAGUGUGGUCAGUUUGCUGAGGCCUGUCAUUAACCUGAGAGCUGGGAGAGAGAGAGAGCUUUCCUUGCUGAGAAAAGGUAGGAGGAGAGGAUGUGGAGGGGAGAAGGAAGAAAGGCAGGAGAGAAGGAGGGUGGGAAAGGUGCUGCAGGAGGAUGGGAAGUGAGAGGAGUUGACGGAGGAGGAGUAUGACAAGACAGAUAAGGUGAUAGAUGUGAGGAGGGAUGAUAUAGGAGGUGUGUUCGUCAUUGAAAAACUGGGCUGAAGUUUUGCUUUAACUUCUGUGGCGCUUUUGGACACUGAAUUAUCACAAGAUCAUGAUAAAAAAACUAGGUCAAACACUCUUCUGUUGCACCAAAUAAAAUUAAUCCACUUUCCGAGAGCAGGGGUCAAAGGUUAAGAGCUGCGCAGCUGUAUUGGAGAUUCCCCUCUCCUUUAUUUAUAGGACUUAACCCCGGCUGUAGUUGUAAAACAGGACCGAAAUAGUGGGGCACUAAUUUAAACAAAAGUGUGAGGCCUAUUUGACCGGAUGGGAGUCGACAAGAGGUCCCCCUUUGUUAAACAUUCAAGGCUGCUGAGGGGAAGAUAUGGCAAUAUUUAACCCACCCAUACUUGACUCCUUAUGCCCUCGGAUUAUCCGUCUAUGUCUCAGUUUUGUACACACAGAGAUCUGCCAUGCUGACACCAAUCUGCAGCAGCUGACCCACAUUUACACACAUGCUCCCGUACUCCACGACAGAGAUCGUUGUUAUAUUUUAAAGGGGGGGAUAGAAGCCAAAACGUGGGGGAAGCCAAGUUGGACCUCGGUGGAGACAACAACAGGAGGGAUUUGAAAUGUCUGGCGGGGAUGAUAUCACUGAACCACCUAAUCACUUACAUCACCGCAGCUGCAUGCUCAGCAGUGUGUCAGUGUGUGUGCACGUGUGUCUGUUUCCAAUCUAUUUCAGUCAGUGUGUAUCUCCAUCUGUGCUUUGGUUAAGCUAGCCCUGAAGAGUUACGAUCGGCUGGGGAGUGUGUGUUUGAAUAAGUGGUGAUUAAGGAGGUACGAGGCCUGAUCUGAGACCUGUACUUGUGCCUGUGCGUCCUCUCAAAGGUGCGGUCAAAUAAUCUGAUUCUGCAUCACACUCCCCCAUCUAAACAAAAAAAGAAAUCCCCCUUCCAGAUAUCAGAACUUUGAGCUGACUGCAGAGAAACGAUUCUGCCGGGGUCGUUGUGGUGGCGUUUCCAUUCAGUCGCCUUCCCCCGGUGUUUGCUCUGGCUGCGUCCACGUGCAAAGUUUCUUGCAGCUACAUGGAAGUAGAAGAGCUCCAAGUGCAUUCAUGUCUGUCUGUGUGCAGCCAGGAGAGCACUCACCAUCCCAGGCUUAAGUUCCACUGUUGCAACCCCCAACCCCAAGCCAGCCUCUCUGGGUGGGCUUAGAUCUACCAUGCAGAUCCUGGAAAGAUUUUUUUUUUAUUGUUGUCCUGGAUGUCUCACCUUGACUUUCCAGCACUGAGAACAUUCUGUACGGUGGCCGAGAACCGCCACUGUUGCAAAUAAUAAAAGAAUGCAAAAAAAAAGUUACUGCAAAAAUAAAAGGAUGCCAAAAAAAAAAAAAAAAAAAAAAAGGCCACAACGGAAGUGAGCUGCCGGGGACUAAUAACGUACCGGUGUUUUAGGAUCUAGACACAGAAGAUGACAGCAAGAAAACAAGCAAAGAAUGAAGUGAAAAGGUUAUAGGGCCCGACCGGUAUGGAUUUUUUGGGGCUGAUGCCUAUACUGAUUAUUAGAGGGGAAAAAAAUCUGAUUACUGAUUAAGGAAGACCGACUGAUCAAACUCGGACCAGAAAAGCGUUUUUAACAAGUUAGUGGAUGAAGAAUGUCUUGAGGUCGCUGCACCAUCUACACGAUAACUUGGGAAACUUUUCAAAUGGCGGAACAUUUUCGAAGUGAAACCAAAUCUUGUUCUCCACAUUUUAUUUCUGAAAAUAUCAGCGAAAAUUGGCGAGUUUUGGCCGAUUACCGAUAAGCCUCAAACGGGCUAAAAUUGGCUAAUUUAACCGACUCGCUGAUAAAUCAGUCUUGCCCUUAUAGGUUAUUUUUAAUUUUCGCUUUCAGUUUGUCAUUUGGUUAUGCCAAGUAGUGCCUGAGUCGAUAUGAAGUUGAACUGAAGCUAACACUACAUCGGCAUCCUCCAGUUCCACUUCAUAUUGACUUAGGCACUACAUGGCCUAACCAAGAGACACAUUGAGAAGUUUAUGAAGCGAAAUUAUUCAAUAACCUUUCAACUAACUUUUUUGCUCGUCUUCUUGUUGUCGUCUUCUGUGCCUAGAUCAUAAAACACUGGUGCAUCAUCAUUAUUGGUCCCCGGCAGCUACUCCCGUUGUGGCUUUUCUUAUUUGCAUCCUUUUAUUUUGCAUUAAGUAACUUUUUUUUUUUUUUUUGCAUCAUCACAUUUUUUGUGUCAUUAGCUUCCGCUGUGCAUUUCUUUUUUUUUAUCUGCACCGUUUCUUUUUUUUUUUUUUUUGUAUCAGUAGCUUCCGUUGUGACUCUUUUUUUUGCAUUCUUUUUUAUUUGCCGCAGUGGCGGUUCUCGGCCACCGUAAUUCUGCAGUAGAAAUCAAAAUGUAUCUAACAGUCGACUUGGUGGAAAACUGGAUCUCUGCAGUGGAAGGUUAUAUUCAUGCAAAUCUAGAAAAUGACUCCACUUUACUGUGUUUUCACUUCAAAGGUAAAACUUUGAUUAUAUGGAUUGCAAAUCUUAAAUGCAGCAGACAACAUCCAUUUCUGAGGGUUAACAGCAUCAGUGUGAAAGCAGUGAGUUAAGGGUUAACACUGACUGACUCUUGUUGGUCCCAUUUGUUAAAAAACAACCUUGUCUCUAACAAGCAGCAAGUGCUAAAGGCCUUGUUCUGUGGAGAAUUAGCAUGGCGGCGCUGAGAGUGUCGAACCAUCAAACGGCUUGUUUGCACCCAGCUGUUUGCUGCUGGAGGAGGGCCCGGCCUCGCCUGUCCUUGCUUGCCCCACUGUGGCCCGGCAGGGUUUAUUCAAGCGGUCUGAUUUUCUCUCUUUCCCCCGCACCGACUUCCUGCUUUUCAUGACCUUUUUAUGCUCCUCUGUGCCCCCAGAGAGAGAGAGAGAAAGACGUCGUAGCUGGACCUUGACUGUCCGGCCUGGGUAGAGCGGUCGACUGGGGAAAACCUCCACAUGCAUGACUUCUGUAAUUUGUUUGCUAGGCCUGUAUUUAUGAGCAUGCUAAUUGUAGGGAGUGCCACGGUGCAGUUAUAGUUGCUGGACUUUGAACGUCUGCUGUUCUGCUGACGGUGUCUGGCUGCUUUUUAAGUUCGUCUGAAUGCUGCUUUAAGAUUUAACUCGCUUGGUUCAUUUUUAUGUCACUCUCUCUCCAAACCGCACACAUCUCCAGGACUGUCGCUGGUUUUUGCCGCUUCUAUCUUUGAGAUAAUCAAAGUUUUAUUAAGCUCGCACAGCGGGGCCUUAACCUUUUGUGAAUGAGCCACCAGUCAAUCCUCCUCAGGUAAAAAUAACCUCAGCGCCCCAGUUUCCCACAUUCAGCACUCGGCCCAUUCAUUCUCACACAUUCCUUCCUCCUUUCUUUGCCGAGGCGAGCUGUCGGCCCCCCUCUCUGGCUGUGAUGGGACUGUCAUGCAGAAAGACACCAUUGUGCUGCGCAGGAUCCCGUUUCAGCCUUGCCUUGUAAUUAAGAAGGGAUUGCGUGGCGAGGGAGUUGUGGGUAAGGAGGUGGGAGAGAGAGCAAAAGGGGAUUGGGUUAGUAGGUAAUUUGGCUAAAAAGCAGAGCGCUGACCUGCUUUGUUGCUGGCAGGCCUGGGAGCCGGCACGCAUGAACCUAACUCCCCCGCUGACACACAGAGCCUUCCUGCUGAGGUUUUGUUCAGUGUGUGUGGGCAUGCGGAGACGCUGUGGACGAGGAGGACAGAAAAUCUCCAUCUCACGUCUCUGUGUGUUUGACAGAAAGUGAGUGAGAGGAAGCUUUCGUUUAACGUGUGUCAUGGUUGGAUCAUUCCUGUUCCCUUUACUCACAUUUCCUCAGUGAAUCAUGGGAAGUGUGGUCAGUGAAAGGCAUUUAUGGGUGCUAAGUCAGUUUUUGUCCUUUUUUCGUAGUAAAUGAAAACAAGCUCAAAUCUCUCACAGACUAGCCUCACUUUUAGGUCUGCCUUCUUGGUGAAAACAGGAAAAACUCACCUCUAAAUACUCAAACAGGCUUCUGUUUUUUUUUUCUCUUUAGUGCAUCAGAGACCAGAGGCAGAGCAGCUCUGAAUCCUCGCCAUGGCAGAUGUGCUAGAGAGUGGCGGGUCAGGAGCCGUCAGAGUGGCCAGUGUGGAUUGGCAGAAACGCUGCAUCGCUCUGGAGAUGCAGCUGCUGAGGUUCCGGCUCCAGGCGGGGAAAAUCCGAGAGCUGCUGGCAGAGAAGGUAAGAGAGAAACUGAUCAGUCUAAAGAGGAUUUUUAGUCUGCUGGAGCGAGCUGCACCCGGGUUCUCAAGUUCAGACUUAGAGCAGGGUCUUGGCAAAGUAGCGUUCACUCAUUAACGAAGAAUAAACGGGUCUGGAUCUGUUGCAUUGAGACACGCAGGGAGUUUUCGGCUCCUUGAAAAGUUUUUCAUUGCUGUUGUGGAGCUACUGUAGUCUGAAAAAGCUAAUCUGACCACCGACACAGAAUGAAACAUGGUGAUAUGUCCAACCUUUAAAGGGAUAUUCCUGCAUAAAAUUAAUUAAGAGUCAAACACACCGUAACACCGAGUUAGACACCACCUUGAGAGAUGAAUGUUGCAGACCGCUUGCUUCUCUAGUUAUACCAACUUUAGUAACAACUGUACAAUAGCAAUACACAGCAGUCUGAGGAGCCAUAAACAAACUUUAACCAAAAUGCCACCCUAUAGCCACAAAUAAUGCUCAGAACAGCACCUAACUUCAUCAACAGUACAUAUAGGGUCACAGCCAUAGCACUAGCCACCAAACAUCUUUUUAGCUUUGACUAAUUUCUUUAGCAAAGAGACCAAAAACAACUCACCUACUCUCUUCCAGCAGCUCCACAACAGCGAUGAAAAAAUGUCAUCCUGCUGACUUUUGACAGUCAAACAUUAAACCUGUCAGGAUUAUUUCAUGUGGAAGUUGUAAACAGAGGGCUGUUUCUUUGGAUACUUGGCUGAUACCUACCUCCUUGCGCUAAACUGAAGCUUUAAAAACAACAAAAUAAAAAUGAUCAGUCUUGUUGCUGAUUGUCUUGUUUACCAGUCUAUUUCAAAAGCAAUAGAAACUCCUCAGUGGAGCUUUAACCUGUUUUAAAACAAACUCUUUUAAGACUUCAAAUUAAAGCUCCUUUAAGAAACCUUCUCUUCAUGUUCAUUUUAGAUACCUCUGUUGACAAAUCCUAAACUCUUAUCUCCUUGGUGAUUCUGCUGACAUGUUUAAUCCUGUUUUCUGGAGAUUAUGAAGAUUUAUUCUUUGAACAAAACAGAUGUAAUUAUGGUUUGUGCGACAUAUUCCCCCUGCAGAAGUUACAAGAUUAAAAAAUAGCUAAAUAGGAAUCUUGAUACUGAUGUUAUUGUUUGUUUUGGCGGCUUAAUCAGAGGCAUCAGUGUUGAUUGUAGUGUGUUUCAUAACUAGCCAAAAACUACUCACAGGAGCUUUAAUUUUCAGACCAAACAUACUUACAUUAUCUAUUUAGUUAGCUUAUUUUUUCUUCAACCCACUUACUCUGAAUCGAAUAUUUAGAUUCAGAAAGUAGUUUAGAAAGUAGCUUUAUCUUUUGAAGUAGUUUUUUGGGGGGUGCUGUGAUGGUUGUGAGUGGAAAGAUGGCAGAAAAUGAAAAGGAGUGACCUUCAAGGGAAGUUUGAGCAGACCAGAAAAUAGCUGUUUGCAGUGCUUGUGAAGCACCUCAGUGACCUUUACAAUAGACAACAAAGAUGUGUUAUUAGUUUGGACAAAGAGGAGUUUGAAAACAAGGGCAGAAAUCUAAUAACUUGCAUCCUUAAAGCAAAGAUCACCAUCCAGUAAAUGGAAAGCAGUUUUCCGGGCAGUAAUAAGAAAAACUAACAAGUUUUCUUACGAGCUUGAAGCUUUCUCUUUGUUGUAAAACCAUUAAGAAAUCAUUUUAUUGAGCGCCAUAAAGAGCAGAGCAUGAAAGUGAAGAUGCCAGAUUCAAUUAUGAACACUUGGAUAAGAGAAGUCCAUAAAUCUGAUUAAAAGAAGAGAUAAUUAAACUUCAGCUUAGGCAUAUCUCGUGUUUGAACUGUUGAUUUGACCCAGCGUCUCCUCACGCUCUGAAUCUGCGGCUGUUUAAAACUGUCGUGUCUCUCCUGCUCUGCCAGAACACUCUGCAGAUGUCAUCAACUCCUUCUCCCCGCAGUGUUUUUAUGCACGAGGAGACAAUUAAAGCCUGUGAAUCAGCCUGAACUACAGGUGUGGAUGACUGUGUGUUUAUGUGUGUGAAGUAAGACAGAUGAGAUUACUCAGCUUAUUUGGUAAACACUUGGCCCACUCACUCUGUGUCAUCACAGGCUGGCUACAGUCGCAGCCAAGAUGAAUAUUUAGCGUUUAACUCAUCGCUCCGAGUGCUUCCCUGAAAACGUCGGGGGAUGGAACCACCAGCCGCCAGCCAAGUGCUUGUAAAGUUGUGGCUGUUGUAAAGCCUGACUACCAAAAAACUUCGGAAAGUAAUCAGCUGUCAACAUGCGAUUCAGCCCUGAAGUGUCUCAAUGAGCGGAAGGAGGAAAAACCGCCUCCUGUCUUGACUUUUCUUGGUUUCUUCGUGGUGGACUUAAAUCACUCUGAGCUGCUCUGAUUCAAAGUGAGAUGGUCUCUAAUUCUGGAGUGCUGGAGAAGUUCAUUCAGUCAGUCAGCAGGAUGUUUACAGUCCAAACAUGACCCAGUGUUUGAUAAGAGCAGGACAAAACCCUGCUGUGUCCGCUGUCAGGUCCUGUCAGAUCUCCAGCUGCUCUGAUAAGAUCCCAUGCAAAAAAACACACAAACUUUUUGCUAAUACUCACAGCUGACUGUAAGGAGGUCAUCAAGAGAGAGGAGAUCCUGUACGAUAAAACUAGAUGAAAAUCUGAAGGUGAAAAAAGGGAUUUCUUUGCAGAUCAACAUUUCUAACGAGUAAAACCUACAAAAUAAUUCCUCUGAGGAAAUAUCAGCUUACAGUCGACUUAUUGGUCGAUACCAUAGACUGUAUAAACUAUAAACAACUUGGUUCUGCCUUCCACCAGUAGACGGAUUUGAAGCUGAAAAGCUCUCGGUAAUUCUGCCAUUUUUCUCCACUUCCUGUUCUCGGAGUGGUUUCACCCAUAGAGGAGGCAGACGGCAUCUAUUCUAUAUACAGUCUAUGAUCAAUUUGAGGCGACCAAAAUUCUGAUUGGUCACUUGAUUUUUUCCGUGUCAAUCUACAGUCAAUGGUUAAUUUCAUCAGGAGGAACGUACCAAGUGCUAAUGGGGGGGGUUUCAGAGCACCCCCAUUUCACAGGUAACAGCCUGUCUCAGAACACCCCCCUUGUUUUCACCAUUUUGGAUUCGCCCAACCCACUGGAGACAGGCUAGAGACAGGAAGAUUGAAGAGCGUCCACAUUAAUCAACAUCCGGUGGGCGAUAUUGUUUUUGUCGGACGGUAGGGGAAAGUCCCGCCUCCUUCGCCUCUGAUUGGCUAGAAAAGCUGGAGCUAAACACGAGCUGUCGGCUCUGUACAUCGAACAGAAAAUUAUCGCACCUCUGAAUCUCCUAACCCUAACCCUAACCUGACAGAUGAUGACGUCUCACAGCCAUAAGGAAUAACAAAUCAGAGCCCAGCACUUCUAGCCAAUCAGAGGCAAAGGAGGGCGGGACCUUCUCCUACCAUCCUGCAAACAAAAAAUUGCAUCCGGUGGUUUGCGAAAUAUAAUAUUUGUGUUUAAUUGCCUUCUUAUGCUGAUAUCAGUAUGUUUCCAUUCCGCCGAGCCACAUCCUCCCGUGUAAGAGUUGGACCCCCCGAUUAGACGAUUUUUGGUCGAAUAUUUCAGGUUUUUGGUCGUCCAAGAAUUUCUUUGGUUGAUCUCGCCCUACCUAUACUGCUACAAUCACAGAUAACUAUAAAACACUAUCAGCGCACUUUAUUUAGCAGUAACCUUUUGGUGCUUUUGUGGUGCAGAACAUGUUACACAAAAUGUCAGCACACAUCUAUCAGUGUAUUGCACGUCUAUGCUCAUUGUAGGCUCUCCAUUUUUCGUGCUGACCGAACUACAAGCCCCCAGUUUUCAUUCCAGCUCCAGUGCCAAGACUAAAGGGGAGUUCCAAGUUUUUUUUUUUUUAAAGCCGGACUAAUUAAUGUCCUUCUCUUUUUCUCCCCUCGUAACACACACAGGUUAAUAGCCAGCACACACUAAUUUUAUUGUUAUAUGUUGUUUUUGGUCGUGUUGCAAAGAAAAGAGCUCCAAUUAUUUUUCGGAGGAGGGGAAACCGACUAAUUAAUCCCCCCUGAACUGAACACACACACACACUUUCAUAUACACACUCAAACAAACACACAUGAAGAGGAGGCCCGUGCUGCUGAGUGUGUUUUUCUGAUUUUUUUUUUGUGUGGAGGGGGAGGUGUGCUGAGUGACUACCAUUCCGUCAUGUUAUUGCUGUUUGGAAAGUCUGCUUCACGCUCUUCAUCUCCUCUCUUGCCAAGUUAGGAGUGUUUUACACAUUGACCCACUUUGCUGUGGAAAAACAUGAAAAAAAUUGACAUGGUUGUCUGUGACACGGCGUUUAUCCCCUGAGGGCUAAGAAGAAAGUGAAGGAGAUGCCCCAUUUGCCUUGUGAGGAGUGUAACAAGACCAGACCUCCGUUCAAAAGUUGUUUUUCUGGAGUUUUUACUGCGGAUUAGGGAGUGUAAUCGACAGCUGUCAGCCUGUGGCUUAUAAAACUAAAACCUCCUCAUACAGCAAGAGAAGAAAGAGACAAGAUCACCUGGAAAAGUGUAGUGAAUGAUUUCUUUUUAUUUUGGUGCUGAAAGACUGAAGAAAAAGUUCAACUUUGAACACAGCAGUCACGUUUUUACGAUUUCCCAGCACUCCAGAAUUAAAAAAGUCCAAAUUUAAUCCUUAUGAGAGAUUUUUACUGGAAUAUCCUCUAUAAAAAUCGAGCUAAUUCAUAAACUGAGCAUUCAUGAAACUUCUCAAAGUUUUGUUUACAGUUUCAAAUGCUGCCCAGCUGUUCUGAAAUCAUCCAAAAUCAACCCUUGUUUAAAAACUGACUCUCAGGUCCAGGACUGUCCUGAUUUUAAGAUCCAUUCAAGAAACCCAGCAUCAUCCACCAAAAUCAACUCAGGAGUUUUGUAUCCAAAACUUCAAACGCCGUGGGGUUUCUUUGGAUAAUCUAAUACUGAACAAAUCAGAUUUCAAGAGCGUCACGUGGAUCGAGAAAUAAAAAAAUGUUGUGUACUGAGAACAGAGCGGUGCUAUCAGUCAGUGAGGACGAGCGGCGAAAGGUCAGCGGGUUUGUAUUUGUGUGUAUAAACAUUUAUUUUACAAGGGGCUUCUUUCCAGGAGUUCGACUUCCUCAGGGAAGAUCUGCAAGUGAAGGUUAGAUACGUCUUUAACUGCAGAAAUUUAACCCCUUUAACAAAACAUAACAGUCAUUUUUGCGCACUUACUGAUGCAGACUCACCCGAGUAUUUAAGUUUGAUUUUGUGAGGGGGUUUAACCUUUAAAGACUGAGCCGGGGUCAUUAAUAACCAUCAGCUGCACACAGUGGUUAAUGAUUCAUAAAGUCGAAUACCAGUUAGAGUAUUGGGUUCACUUCCUUCUCUACUUUGUCGUCAAUCUAAUCUCAGUGUUAGUAAGCAGUUGUUUAGCUCUAACAGAUCUGCUCGCCGUCUGGAUGGCAGAUGAUCCAUCGUCUGUCGCCUGCUCUCAUCUUAUCUUCUCCUUUCUCUCGAUGAUAUACGCCCCUGUUGAACUCCACAAGAUAUUUUUAAAACCUGUAAUUCUGUUAUUGUCAAAGCUCUCUGCCUUGAAAUGAGAGACUAAUAUGUGUUUUCAUCUUCUGUAUCAGCUCACAAAGAUGCCCUAAAGCAUUUUAAUUGUCAGCAGAAGUAACUCAAGCAAGCGUAGCGCUGCCGUGUGGGAGUAUUUCGAGCGGUAGAUUGGUGCUCAGUCGAGUAUUUAUGGCAGCAAGUGGGUUAGCAUGUGGGAUUGAAUCACACAAACUACAAUACCAAAGUUUUCAGUGUUACCAAGUUGGUGUGUUGGAGGUCUUUGGCACAUGGAAAUAGUCUUUGUCAGGCUUUGGCAACAAAAGGACGAUCAAUCUGUUGGUUUGAGACGGUAAGAAAAACACAGAAUAACAUGAUACAUAUCAAAUUAUGGAGCUCGAACUCCUCACAAAGAGCUUUGAGAGCCAUGACCUCUACCCUGUAAAAAAUUCAGCCCCUUCAGCAGCAGCAGCAGAAGUUAACUGUUAAGUAAUGUGGCCUGACAGAUUCAGACAUAGUUGUGUCAUGCCUGCUCAGCAACUCAGGCUCCAACAGUUGGACUCUGUAGUAAGUGGACAUACAGAGACAGACAGGCAGGGAGAUAAACUGUCAGCAUGAGCUCACACAGCCUGUAUUUGUAUCUGAUAGCAGCUACAGGAGCCAGUUUGUUAGCAUUACCUCACCGGUUUGAGGAGGCAGAGAUACGUGGCAUUAGUUCCUAGUGUAGUUCCCCUCUGCCUCUACGUUUGUCCGUUUAAAAACCUCAAAUAGUUCAAUGAAGUUAUAUUAUGAUCAUUCGCUUGCAGUUCCACUCUGCUCUUUCUUGCAGCCUCAUAAUAAUAAUGCUAGUUCAUCAUUUCAAUCCAGUAAUUAAAAGUACAAUCACCUCCUGAUGUCUAAUUUGUCUUUAACCUGCAGUUUUAAAGGGAUAUUCCAGUGUAAAAUUGAGUUAGGGUCAAACACCGUAACACCAAGUUAGACAUCCCGUAGAGAGAUGAAUGUUGCCGACUGUUUGCAUCUCUAGUUAUACCAGCUCACAACUCACCCACUCUCUUCCAGCAGCUGCUUAAGACCUCAGGCCAGUCCAUUAUGGACUUCAGCGGGGUUAUGCAGCUCAAGGAAGAACAUUUAUGAUCAUUUCUUCAUGGAAAUGCAAUCAGACUGAGACGGUAAGGCAGAAGAACUACUGAGUCUGCAGAGCAAAAUGAUAAAUAUGGUGAUUAUUACUUUAAAGAAAUGAUAAAGUAAUGAUCAUAAAUGGUCUUCCUUGAGCUGCGUCACCCCGCUGCAGUCCAUAACGGACUGGCCUGAGGUCUCCCUACAAACUAGUGGCUGCUGGAAGAGAGUAGGUGAGUUGUGUUUAGUCUCUUUGCUAAAGAAAUUAGCUAAGAUAAAAAGAUGUUUAGUGGUUAGUGCUGUGGCUGGGACCGUAUAUGUACUGUUGAUGAAGUUAGGUGCUGUUCUGAGCAUUAUUUGUGUCUAUAGAGUGGCGUUUUGGUUGAGGUUUGUUUAUGGCUCCUCAGACUGCUGUGUAUUGCUAGCGUGUGGUUGUAUUUCAAGUUUGUAUAACUAGAGAGGCAAGUGGUGAACAACAUUCAUCUCUCAAGGUGGUGUCUAACUCUGUGUUAUGGUGUGUUUGACCCUAUACUGAUUUUAUGCCGGAAUAUCCCUUUAAGUUAUACUAUGAUCAUUGGCUUACAGCCAUUCUGAUAACGCUAGCUCAUCAUUUUAAUCCAGAAAUUAAAAGUCUAAUCACCUCCUGACCUCUAACUCGUCUUUAACCUGCAGUUUUAAGGACAGUUUGCUGUGACCUCUGAGGCUCCUUAUAUUGUCCUAAAGUGCUCGCUUGCCUCUUCUGUAAUUGUUGUCGAAUGGUUGACAAAGUAUGUGCUUUUUGGCUCAAGCUCCUCUUGACUCACCGCGAAGCUUUUUGACUUUGAGGCGAGGAGUCGUCCAAUUUACAAAUCACCACCCUGCACUCUUUAUUUUGCUUGUGUGAGCCUUAAUUUGGCUGCGAGGAAGCUCUCAGCUGUUGUCAGAGGUGGAUUCUGGGAAACAGGGGUGACGAGGAGAGAGACAAAGAAACAAAAGAAAGGGAAACAAAGAUGAUGGGAGGAAUUCAGAUGCAUCUCUGGGGCAGAGUGGAUCCAUUAGUGUGUUUGUUCUCCUUUCACCCGGGUCACUGAACUCAUCGGAGCGGGAGACCUGUGUUGAACUUGCUGUGGGAGAAGGCACUUACAGAUGUGUGCAUACUUGCAGGGUGGCGAGUGUUUGCCUUUGAACGCGUGAGUAUGCGUGCUUGCACAAAAGGUGACGCAAGCUUGUGCACACACUUAGUAGCAUUCUUCUAUCACACUGUGUGAAAGAUGUUCGGCCUCCUCUGAGGGGCCUCUUUGCUGCUUCUGCAUUAACCCUGUGCCUUAAAGUGACACUCCUUAUUAAACUGUAUCCUGCAUAAUGUCAAUGAAGUUUCUACCUUUAGCUGCUCUUUCUGGACCUUUUUAUUGUUGUAUUGGAGAUUGAACAUUGGUUUCUUGUUGGGACAUGUCUUCUGAAUAUAGUCAAGUCUUCCAACUACAGUGAUCUUUUGAAUUUCUUCCUUAUGGUAAUAGUUGAUGUGAGGAAUAUACAUUAGUAGGUGGCCCCAACAAAAUGAUUAUUAAUUAAAUUAAUUAAUUACUAAUUUAAAUCAUUUUGAUGAUUGAAAAAUUAGUAUUAACAAAAAUCGUCACCCAGAUUUCUGGUACGGCUCUGCACUGCUUCUCCUAUCUGUCAAAAAAGGCAAUUUUACAACUCACUGGACUCUUUAAAUGCUUAAACAACAUUUGGGAUACCUCAAGGCUCAAUUCUUGGUCCCAUUCUGUUCUUCCUAUACAUGCUUUCUUUAGCUAAUAUCAUCAGUUAUCAUCUGCAAUGUCAUGUCAUAUUUAUGCAUUCGACCCUCAGUUAUACUUCUCCACACAAUCUACCAAAUGCAACAAACUGGAUGCACAAUCCAAAGCUGCUUAUUUUAUUUCUCGUGUAGCAAAGUGCCACGUCGCUCAGUAGGACACUCAGUUUGUUUACAUUUUGUUUAAGAAAUCAAUCCAUUGCGUUUUUCAACAGAGACUAGACUUUCUAAAACCGUUAAAGUCUGACUGGUAUUGCACCAAAUCAGACUAACCUUCCUAGAUAAUGUGGUUGGGGAUCAGGAUCUCUUCCCAAUCAGACAGCUAGACCACUUACCUGGUGGUGUGUCCAUCUGGUAGAGUCCUUUGUGGCAGGUUAUGUCCUGAAAGUUUGUGUCACUACAAGCCAAAAGUGUUGCCCUAUUUUAAAUCUAAUUGAACUUUCUAAAAAUUAAGAUUUCAAGUUUUUGAUCUGCUGUCAGAAUCGAGACGACCUCUUUUUAUUUCUGUUUCAGAUGCAGGAGUUGGAGCAAAGGGUGACAGAGGCCGACCAACGAGCGGAGAGUGCUGAGAAACAGGUAUGGAGAAGUUCUGAAGCUUUGUCCUCAGCUUGUAAAAAAAAAAACACAGCUCAAUUGUUAAAAACUUUCUGAUAUGUGGGGAUGUGGAAGCAACACCAGAUGUCAAGUUAUACCAGCACUUUGGACAGUAGCUGCAUUAGCUUCACUUGCCCAGGAGUCGAUCAUGAAACCCAAUAACUAACUUUGGUGAUACUGUACUAGAUAAUAAUUUGCACUUAAUGUAGUACAAAAAUUUUAACACCUUUUACUUGUUAAGCAGCUACCAAAAGUUUGUCUUUUAUAUUUUGUUUUUCUGUUCACUAAGAUUACACAAAAAACAAUAUGAUCAACUCAUCUAGGGCCCGUUUCUAUUGACAGCUUUUUGUUUGUUUGUUUGUUUGUUUGUGCAGUGUUUAUUUUUUAUUAAACAGAACAAAUGUAAUUCAACACUUUUGGCUUUUUUUGCCCUUAAGUGCAGAAAAAACACUUAGAAAUUCAGAUCAUGGACACUGCCAGAGCAAACAGCAGCUGCUAGUGGACACAGGCCCUAAAUAUUUUGACAUAGAAUUAAGAUUUCUUUAUUCGAAGGGCUUUUCUAAUGCUUUAUUACCACUGUAUGUUCUAGUAACAAGAGGAAAACAAUGUGUUGACCUUGAAUUGAGAUUUUUUUCUCAAAUAUAAAAGUUAGGUUUCUAAGCUCAAGCUCAAAACUAAGCACAGUAAGAGGAAAUCUUACAUUUGGGAACCAUAAAGUAACACAAGCAGGCAGAUUAAGUGUUUUUGUCUGAGUAUGAGUCAGUCUUUGAUGGGAUUUAACAAAAGGAGAGUGCGGUUUAAGGGUAAGAAGCCUCGUACAUUAUAUAUGACACAUACCCUUUCUUGCUGUUCUUUCUAAUCUGCCAUUUGCUGUCAUUACUGGCUGCUCCAGGUGUUUUCUGUAGGUGGUAAUUUGAUGGUGCCCUUUCUUUAAAAACAAGAAAUACCUCAGGGCUUAGAGAGCUUUCUUUCCCGUCAGAGUUGGCGAAAAAAAGGUAACCUCAGCGGUUACUUCUCGGCUUUUGUCUGCUGCCCAUCAAAACCGAUGAACCAUGCAGAUUUAAGCUUUUUUUAGCCCUCUUUGUGUUUUCAAUCCUCUAAUUACGCAUUUCAGAUCCAUGUCAUGGAAGAAAAGCUGAAGUCUGCAAACAUCCAGACCAGCGACUCAGAGAGUUCCUUGUACAGAAAGUAUCAGGACCUGAGCAGCCAGCUUCAAGAUAAAGAUGCUGUGAUAAAGAGAUUAGAGAUGCAGCUGGAAAAACAGGUAUGGAUGGAAACGUCUGAUAAAGACCAGAAAUGACCAUUUAUGUUCAUGACGUAUGGAAAAUAAUAAUAACCCAUAAAUCCUGUUUGUCUGCCUGCAGAUCUUGGUCAGAGCCCAGGAGGCGAAAAUUAUCGAGGAGAAGGCUGCCAAGAUUAAAGACUGGGUCACCUUAAAGCUCAGAGAGGUACGCUCAUAUAUGUACAGAUUACGGCUGCAAAGGCUUCUGGGAUCUGGUGAGAUGCUUCAUAUGGGGUGCAAAAGAGAUGCUUAAAGUGCUUUAUGUACUAUCUUAUCAAUAUAAUUUGGUAGUUAUCAAUCCGACUGAGUGGGUAUGACAUGUGGAGUUCCUCAGGGGUCAGUCCUUGGACCCUUCUGUUCAACUUAUAUAUGCAAUGUGUGUCAAAUUCUGCAGAAUUCUAAUAUCAGCUAUCUUAGUCAGAUAUAUCUCGCAGUCUCUCCACAUGACUGCAGUCCUAUAGAGUCAUUGUGUUACUGUGUAGAGCAAGUCAGAAAUUGGAUGAACCAAAAUUUCCUUGUUUUUGGCAAUAUAGAGAAGAGGGUUGCUGUCAGUAAACACCUUGAGUCACUGUCUUUAGAAACUAAAGACCAAAUCUGGAACCUUGGCAUGCUGAUAGACGCUUUAUAAAUAAAGAUGCCUUGCCUUGCCUAUCUGCACUAUAAUAUAGUUUUUUAAAUUCAAGACCGUCCUCUAAUUGAUAUGUGUGCUGUGUUUCAGAUGGAGCAGGAGAACCAGCAGCUGAAAAUGGCAAACCUGAAGCAGUCAGAGCAGAUAAUGCUGCUCCAGGACAAACUGCAAGGUGAACACAGAUGUUGAAGUCAUAAAGUUGAUGUGCUAAAGGCAAAAAACAAAGCUUUUCUGCAGUGGCGUCAAAAAUUACAGUUUGGAUUCAUUCCCAGAGACUGAUCCGCUGUUGUCGUCUGUAUCUUCCAGCUCUCUUAGAGAAACCUGCAUCCUGUGGAUCUCCUGCCACCUCCCCUGUAAUGGAUACCCACCUGGUGCCCAGCAGUCCGCUGUUUCCUCCCAGCUGCCCCAGCACACCACCUGUCCAAGAUGACAGCUGGAGGCAGACAGGUCCUCGAGGGACCGCCUCUAAUAUCAAGACCUCACCUACAGGUGCGCCACCUUCAGUUCUUCUCAUCCUGGGAUUUGUUUUCAGGAAGUUUUUGAAGCAGUGAAUUUGUGAUUGAAGAGAGUCUCCUAAUCCAGGGAGCAAAGAUUGACUCUAAUGUUACUCCUCUGUCUCCUCAGAUGUGAAAAAGACUCCUGAACAGUCCACUAAAGGGAUCUCUCUUGGAGACCUUGCAGCCCAUGAUGCCCUCUCUCAAAGCUGGAACAGGGAGGGUCCCGGCAGCCCUAUUUCCAUCGGUGGAUCAGAGCUCCCAGCAGGUCCAGACGGCCUUGCAGAGGGCUCCGACAGAGACAACUCCUCCGAUGAGCUCAACAGCAAAUUCCGCUCUCAGUGCCUCCAUUCCUCCUCUUCCUCUUCCUCUUCAUCCUCAGCCUAUGAGAUGGCCCAUGGACCGAGCUCUCUGGAAUCCACGAUGAGAAUAACACCCAAAAGCCCCCUCCUGUCUCGCUCACCCUCCACCAACAACCCGUUCCCCAAUCCUCAGACUCACCUGUCAGGCACCAGCAUGACGUUACCCAAAGUUCGGACUCCGCUCACCCCCAGAGACAGCAUCCAGCUGGUCAAAAAACACUACAGCCAGCCUCAACCAAGUCUAGACCGCCUUCACCACCUCAACGUGAACAUCGACAUCAUGACGCCUUCAUCCACGUCCUCCACCCUCAAGAGCACAGGCACCGCCACCUCGGCUUUUUCGCAGGUUGUCGAGGAAACGGAUAUUGAUGAUGGGCUUCCUGACGGUAUGGAGGGAGUAGUGGAGGGGCCCGGGACGGAGGAGACGGCCCAUGAUGGAGUCUCUUUUGUUGGGCUGGCAGAGGAACUGGAGCGGCUGGAUCCUGAAGUUCUCAAACCACCAACGCCUCCUUUACACCGCUUUCCCUCAUGGGUAUGAAAUACAACGAGUACUGAAUCCUUGUGUUUGAUAUUUGAGGUGUUAAAUCAAAGUCUGCAAAUAUAUAAAUCACUGUGAAUAGAGAUGAAGCCAAACUACUCUGAAAAAGACGCUCACAUUAAACAAAAAAAUACCUUUCACGCAGAGUGGAUAAUUAAUGAAAGAGGAUUAGGGCCGCAUAGAGAGAAAAAAAUAACAGUAAGGAGAUAAAAGUCAAAAUUUGAAGAUUAAAAAUAGAAAUUUUAAGCUCACAAAAUGUCAAAAUGUUGUUAAUAAUGUUGCAGUUUCGAGAUUAAAAAAUUUUCAAAUUUCGAGGAUAAAAUAGAAAUUUCUAGAAUAGAAGUUAAAUUUCGAGAUAAAAAAAUCAAAAUUAUGUCAUUAGGUCGAAAUUUCGAGAUUCAAAAUAGAAAUCUCUAGAUUACAAAAUGUCAUGAAUAAUGUCGAAGAUUCGAGAUUAAAAAAAUGUGAAAUUUGAGAUUAAAGUUGAGAUUUUGAGAUUAAAGUUGAGAUGGAUAAAGUUCAAAUUUGACUUUUUAAAUUUUGACUUUAAUCUCGAAAUUUUGACUUUAACCUUGAAAUGGAAAAUAAAAAAAAUCUCCCUCCUGUAAUGAUUUUUUAUUCUUGUGGGUCUAAUCCUAUUUCAUAUAAACGCCAUGGAUCUUUUUGAUUAAUAGACUUUAAAAUUGGGAGCUCUAAACUCAGCUGGUCUGACUCUCUCAGUUUUAGACUGCCAUGUAAAGAAGAUUCAACCGACAAUUUGCAAAUCCAAUAGGGUUGUUGAUCUUCACUUCCUUUUCUCUGCAAAAAAAUCUGUCAAGCAAGGAUCUCUCUGCUAUUACACGAUAUCUUACUUUUUGAUUAUGUAUCCAAUCAAUGUCAAAAUGAGUGCACAGGAUAUUUCUGACUUUGCUGAUCCUUGCAGGAGAGUCGAAUCUACGCUGUGGCGAAAUCAGGAAUGAGAGUAUCAGAGGCCAGUCCUGGAUCCAGGGGUCUGGGACGAGGUGAGUAACCCACAUAGAGAAGCUAAUAAACUCCUACUGUCUUUAUUUACGUCUAUUUUCUACCUCAGUGACACGUUUAAGGUUUAAAUUGGUGAAUAGAGACAGAAAACCUGUAUUUCAGUGUGUGUGUGUGUGUGUGUGCGCGCGUGUGUGUUGUUCUUGGGUGGUUUGGAAGAAGAGUCAGUGCUGUGAAGUGACAUGUCACUCAGCUGAGUCUAAAUCUGCCGUAAAGGCGUGUGAGUGUGCGGUUAGUUUGGAUCUGUCACUGCAGCCUUUGAUGUCACUUCCUUCAGCCCGAGGCUCCUCCACACACCUGCACAGGUGCGAGCUCUCAGGAGGACGUUCAGACCUCCUCCUUUUCUCUUAAAGAGCUGAGGAAGAGCAUAAGAGUAGAGGUUUAAAGAGGAGCAGGGGGAGAGGUUGCUUUUUAAUCAGCUGUGAUGAAAGGACGGGGGUCUGGCUGUAAUUACGGCUGUGCUCUCUGUCUCUAUAUCAUCCGUUUCCCUCACGCUGAAGUUUGACAGCUCUCUGACUGUUGAGCAGUCUGACUGACUGCCAGCUACUCUGCGCUGACUGCCAAGCUGCUGUUGUGGAUUAAGUCAUAGCUUAUUCAGUUUACUGGGCCUUUCUCGUGUUUGUACCCCAAGAUGUUGUUGGAGUACUUCGAUACUGCCAGAAUUAAAACCAGUAACCAGGUUUGGGUUUGUUUUUUAUUGAAGCUCGAGACAACUAAACAUUUAUUUUACCACAAGGGAAGUUCCGCUGCAAAUUUAUCCAAAUAAAACAACACCUUCACAACUAAAUAAUGGUAUUUUUUCCUUCUGUGCAGACAUUAAAACUGAGGUUAGUGUGUAGGUAUGUGAAUAUUUUAGCCUUAUCCACUUUUCUAUUUUGACUGUGUGGCCACUGUUAACAGUAAAAGACAGAAAAAUAUAGUCUUACCUAUAGUGAUAAUUCAAAGGGAUAUUCCGGCAUAAAUUUGAGUUACGGUCAAACACACCGUAACACUAAUGUAGAAACCGCCACGAGAGAUGAAUGUUGUCGACCUCUUGCUUCUCUAGUUAUACCAACUUUAGUAACGACCACACGAUAGCAAUACACACCGGUCUAUGUCUCCACAUGCAAACCUCAACCAAAACGCCACUCUAUAGCCACAAAUAAUGUUCAGAACAGCACCUAACUUCAUCAACAGUACAUAUAGGGUCCCAGCCACAGCACUAGCCAUCAAACAUCUUUUUAGCUUUGCCUGAUUUCUUUAGCAAAGAGACUAAACACAACUCACCUACUCUCUUCCAGCAGCCGCUUGUUUGUGGGGGAGCCCAGUGCAGCGGAGUUUCGCAGCUCAAGGAAGAACAUUUAUAAUUAUUACUUCAUGGAAAUGCAAUCAGACCGAGACGCUAAGGCAGAAGAAAUACUGCGUCUGCAGUGCAAAAUGAUUAAUAUAAUGAUUAUAACUUCAAAUUUUACUUCAUUUUUACUUAACUUCAUUUUACGCUGGAAUAUCCCUUUAAGUUUGACAGGCUGUUUUCAUGUCUUUUAAUCCAAUUCAUUGUAAAUAGAUGUUCUGCUUUCUUUCCGCAGUGUCUCACUUACCACAAUAUCCGGCGGCAGGUCCGUUCACCCAGAUGAUCUAUAAAAAUAUCAAUGUACCGGUCUACACCACACUGAAAGGGGUGAGUGAAUCAAUCUGAAGUGCUGCUGGAUCUGACCUUUCCUUCGAAUGCAGAUUUUCCCUAAAAUUAUAAUGUGUUUGUUCCAACUCUCUCUAUUGUUUGUUUUAGAAAGCCACUCAGAUCAGCAGUGUACCUCUGCCUGAUGACGACUCCGGCUCCGAGGACGACAGCAGCUCUCUGGCCAGUUUACGGACCUCCAUCCUGAGUCCGGACAGGAAGGGGAGCGUCCCAGGGAGUCCACGUGCUGUGAAAAGAGGUGAGAUUAUGAUCCGCACUAGACAACAUGCAUCUCAUAGAAAGUGCUGUUUGGUUUUGAAGAUAGAUCUCGAAGUCUGGAUUUUUCCAUCUUGAAUUUGCCUCAUGCUUGUUUUUCUCCUGACUGUGUGUACGUCAUGUCUUCUUUAGGUGUGUCCAUGUCCUCCAUUAGCUCAGAGAGCGAUUAUGCCAUUCCUCCUGAUGCUUAUUCCCUGGACAGCGACUACUCUGAACCAGAACAUAAAGUCCAAAGAACCUCCUCCUACUCCUGUGAAAGCACUGGGCCUGUAAGUGGUUUUGAUAAAGACCUUAUGUCUUACACUGCUGGUCUAGAUCAACAGAUUCCUACAUGCAGAAUUCAAUAAUAGAGAAUGCAUGUUGGAAAGUCGAAUCGAAUCAGACGGGAUCUCUGCAGUGAAUAAAUUCCUAUGUCUGCAGGAGACGCUGGAGAAGUCUGGGUACCUGCUGAAGAUGGGCAGUCAAGUCAAAGCCUGGAAGCGUCGCUGGUUCAUCCUGAGGAAUGGAGAGAUUCUCUACUACAAAUCUCCUGUGAGUGUGUCUCUCUGUGAGCCUGCCUGCCUGUCUGCUUCCUUCUAAGGUUUGAUUAUCUGCGCAGAAAACAUUGCAGGAAUAGUUGAAAAUCUUGUGUGUUUGCGUGGAAGAUGAAGGCACAGGUACCACCUCUACUACUCAUCUCUGGUGGCAUUUUAAAACAUCAUAAAUUCUACUUCACAUUUGCAUUUGGACAGUUUGAAUUGAUCAUGAAUAUGCGUGUGUUUGCAGAGCGACGUGAUCAGGAAACCUCAGGGUCAGAUCGAGCUGAACUCGUCCUGCAGUAUAGUUCGAGGAGAAGGAGCGCAGACCUUUCAAGUAAGUGGAAAAUUGGCUCUCUUGGACAUGUAAUGAAUCUGAUAGCUGGACAAAGACAGUAGUAAGAGAGGACAAGCAGACGCACACUCUGAAUGUGUCCUUUUCAGCAGAGCUUUACUGCUGCAUACCAGAGGAGCAGCUUAAAAUGACAUCAGGUAUAACAUUGGACUGGAAUGUUUUCCCGGCUCUUCUGAGGCUGAUUCUGAUCUCCUCUGACACCAUGAUGCUAUCUCAGUCAGCUUGGCUUAGCAUUUCUCCCAUAUUUCUCCUCCUUUUUCUGUCCCAUCAGCUGAUUACAGAGAAGAAGACCUUCUAUCUGACCGCUGAUUCACCCAACAUCCUGGAGGAGUGGAUCAGGGUUUUGCAGAACAUACUCAAAGUCCAGGCCAGCAGUCCUGUCAGUGUGGAGACGACCGCCAAGCCCACCACCAGAGGCUGGCUCACAAAGGUCAGGAGACAGAAGUCAUGAGAUACCGAAGCGGUUAAAUUAGAAAGAAAGCUUUUGUGAAUGCUUGAGAUAAGGUUUCGGCAUUACACGUACACACUAGGAGGAGCAGGGAGCUGUCAGAAGAGAACCACUCCACCAAAUAUGACUUAGUGGUUCAGGAUUCAGGUAUGAUUCAUAUUAAAGCUCCUGUAGGGAGUUUUUUAUUAUUAUGAAACAUACUGGAAUUCAUGUGGAUGCCUUUUUUUAAUAUCCAAAAGCAAAUAAAACCGUCAGUGACAAGAUUGAAGAUUUUAUAAAUUGCCAUUUUUAAUGCUUGAAACUGGUGUGAAGAGGGUAGGUGUUAGACGUUUUUUCAAUUUACAUAUAAAAAUUUUACAAUAAAUUGUAUAUUUGACCGUAAAGGUUGACAGGAUGAGCUUCUUUGACAAAAGACACAAAUUUAGCAUCUAGAGGACACGACAAGCAAAGACUGCUUUGUCCACAGGGGGCGCCAAAAUUGACACAAAAUGAAAGUUUCAUACGGGAGCUUUAAAUUUGACAUAUUCAUUGAAGGAAACAUUUAUACUGCUUUUUUUUUUCUUUCAAUCCAAUCCACUUUAUGUAUCACAUUUUAAAAAACAUUCAAGUUUACCAAAGAGCUUCACAAUAAAAUUAAUGAACAAACACUACAGAAAACAUCAAGAUGAAAUGAAUAAAAGCAUAAAAAACAUUUAAAAUGAAGUAAAAUAAAUGAAAUAAAAAUAUAAAAGACAUGAAAGGACAGAGAUCACACAACUCUCAUGCUAAACUAAAAUCCAAGGAACAAAAAUGAGUUUAAGACGUGAUUAAAAGUAGAAAGAGUGGGGGAGGUUUUAAUCUUGAGUCGGGGCGUAUAAACAUUUAAGAUGUCAGAGAUGUAUUGUGGUGCUGAUCCAUUUAAAGAUUUAAAAACAAUAAAAUUAUAGAUGAAUUCUAAAAUUAACAGGAAGCCUAUGGAGAGACGCAAGAAUAGGAGUGAUGUGAUCAUGUUUUCAUUCACCUGUUAAAAGACGAGCAGCGGCAUCUUAUUUAGCUCUCUUUCUUAUUGUGAAAUAUCAAAGAAUUGUAGAAAUAGCUUUUCAUGUUUGAUUUACUUUCAGAUAAUAUAAGUUGAUUGAUUUGAAUUACAUUUUAUGGUGUUUAAUUAAUUUAAGAGUAUCAGAAAGUUCCAAAAAUGCAAUUAAAACCACCCCAGAGUCAGAUUAUGACUUUUUUUGAAGUAUCUGCAUUUAUUUUAACUCAGAACUGUUGCUGAUUUAAUGCAAUGCAUUUUUUUUUGUUAUUAGUUUCUGGUUAAAGAAUUAAAUGUGUUUUAAAUCCAUACUUCCCAACUCCACUUCCACUGCGAUGCUAAGAGGUAUAGAUCCAGCCAGUCUUUCUCCCUGAAGUGGAUACCAGAGAUAACUUCUUCCUCCUCAGGCUCGGCGUCCUCUUUCAGACAGAUAUGGAAGUGUCUAUCACUCAGGUGCUGGUGGGGGUUUUGACAGAGCUCUCUUCAGGCAGAUUCUUGAAAACCUCCUUCACGUUGGGACACGGCUGUUAAGACCCGAGCCGCUGGAAUGCUUGACAUCUCUUUUCCCCUUCAAACCUCCUCUUCUCUUCUCCUUUCUUUAGCCAGAGCCAGUCUGUGGGUAAAAUUAAGACUCUUAAACCCCUGACUUGUGUGUGUGAUGGGUCUCUGACAGAUAAGUGACAGCCUCAAACUGGGAUGAUGAAGUCCAUGUCCUCUUCCUAAGAGCUGUCUUUGAUCUGCUGGUUAUAACGUGAUCUCGGAGCAGACAGGGGCUGUCCUGCCUCUCUGCAUAGUUAACCCCGCUGACCCCUCUGAGGGAGCACAGCUGGCUUUGUGAUAAUGGCAUCCUCGAGUGACAUCACUGCUCCAUCCAUAUUUCUUCUACUCUCUGACAGUAAACUGUUACAUAAAAAGAGGUUAUAUCAUCUAAAGCUGCAUUCUUGGUUACGGAGGAAUCUUUUACAUUACACGCUUUUUACAUUUUACUUUGGAAGGAGGAAAAUAUCUUUGACAUCUGCUGGAAAUCUGCAUAAAGUGACACUUUUAUAACACCGUCUCUGCUGCUGUGUUUUUUGUUUCAGGUCAAACAUGGACACUCUAAGCUGGUGUGGUGUUCUCUGGUUGGAAAAGUCUUCUACUAUUAUCGUAACCAAGAGGACAAGGUUUGCAAAAACACAUUUUUUCCUAUUUCUAACAAACUUAAUAACACGCUCUAUCAAUUUGUCCUAAUUUAAAGCUAACAAUGUACCGUAUGUAAAUCAAAAUUUAAACAGAAUGUGGAAGUGUCUGAGUUUGCAAAAAGAUGGUAUCCAUCAUUUUUCUCUUGCUUAAUUUAGAGCAAUGUAAAAUAUAUAUAUUACAGACCCACUCCGAUAAAAAUAACGUUUUUUACAUGUUCGUUUUUCUGAUGCUAAAGGACAUAUCAUGAGAAAAAUAAGUGCAAAAUUGCAUUUCUGACUAUUUCUUUAUUCAAAUCGCUGUGAAUCUUUGGCAAACCCAAACAGCAGGUUCAGAAACAGUGAGAUUUCUUACAUCACAAAUCCAAGCUCCGCCCCUGGAGCCCCGCUAUGCAGGCCAAACUCAAAGUAGAGAAGUAGAGAGGAUGAUUGCGGAACACAUAAGCGGAUUGCAAUGCUCGUAAGAAAGCGAAUUAUGAUAUUUACUUUCAUCACGCCCAUCAGUGCUAAUGAAUUGCUAAUGAUCUACUGGAGCUCUGCAGAAGAAAAGCUCUUGAAAACAACACAGCUAAUGAGAUUUUAGCUAAAAACUUCAUAAUCACAGUUUAAAGUACACUCAGAACACUUUAAGUAGUAAAAAAAUAGGAUAGGAGUUAGACUUUAAAGCUCCUGUAAGGAGUUUUUGGAUAGUUAUAAAACAGACUGCAAUUACUAUAGAUGCCUCCUUAUAAGCUCUCAAAGCAAAGCAGACCAUCAGCAUACAGUCUGAUCAUUUCUGUGUAGUUAUUUUUAGGUCUAAAAUUGAUGAUUGCAAAGAUUCAAAGAGAGCAGGUUGACAUUUUUUUUUUUUUUUAGCUAAAAACCCUUUAAAAUGUGCCAGUAUUAUAAAAUGUUAACUGUCUUCUUGUAAAAUGAUAUUGUGCUUAAAAUAUUUAAUUAUAAGGGUUCAUAGCUUUAUUUCUCUUUCUUCAGCUGCCUCUGGGUCAGCUGCAGAUGCGGGAGGCUUCGGUACAGGAAGUGGAUCGCUCCUGUGACUCAGACGAGGACUACGAGGCGGGUAGUCGAGGUUUCCUCUCCUCACACUGCACUUUAGUGGUCCAGCCCAGAGACCAGAGCCCCACAUACCUGCUCAUCGGCACCAAGCAGGAGAAGGUUACUGCAACACGCGGUGUCUCAAGUGAUGCUGAAUUAUCUUCUCUGGUAUGAGGUUUCAACAAGAGUGUGUUUGUCUGCACAGGACACAUGGUUGUAUCACCUGACUGUAGCUGCAGGCAGCAGUGCGACCUUUAAAGUGGGCACCGAGUACGAGCAGCUCAUCGGGAAGCUCCUCGAUGCAGAGGGAGACCCAGGUGAGAAAGACGACAUCCUCAGUUAGAGUCAGCUGAGAUCUGGAUGAAGAUUUCACUUCAAGUUUUAUUAAAAAUACUCCUGAUAUGGAGCGUUACAAAGAAAAGAGAUGGUUUUAGUUUACAGACUACUUUUCCUCUUGUGUUAUUUAAAAAUCCAAACAGAGACUGCUUUCUUGGUUAUUUUUAAAGGUAUAUUCCGGCGUAAAAUUAAUUUAGGGUCAAACACACCAUAACACCAAGUUAGACACCCCCUUGAGAGAUUGAUGUUGCCGACCGCUUGCUUCUCUAGUUAUACCAACUUUAGUAACGACGGCACGAUAGCAAUACACAGCAGUCUACAUCUCCACACACAAACCUCAACCAAAACUCCAUUUCUUUAUCAUUUCCUUGAAGUAAUAAUCACCAUAUUAAUCAUUUUGCACUGCAGACGCAGUAGUUCUUCUGCCUUAGCGUCUCGGUCUGAUUGCAUUUCCAUGAAGACAUGAUCAUAAAUGUUCUUCCUUGAGCUGCGUCACCCAACUGUAGUCCGUAAUGGACUGGCCUGAGGUCUCGCUACAAACAAGCGGCUGCUGGAGGAGAGUAGGUGAGUUGUGUUUAGUCUUUUUGCUAAAGAAAUUAGGCAAAGUUAACAAGAUGUUUGAUGGCUAGUGCUGUGGCUGGGACCCUAUAUGUCCUGUUGAUGAAGUUAGGUGCUGUUCUAAGCAUUAUUUGUGGCUAUAGAGUGGCUUUUUUGUUGAGGUUUGUUUAUGGCUCCUGAGACCACUGUAUAUUGCUGUCAUGCAGUCGUUACUAAAGUUGGUAAAACUAGAGAAGCAAGCGGUCGGCAAGAUUCAUCUUUCGAGGGGAUGUCUAUUUCGGUGUUACAGUGUGUUUGACCCUAAAUUAAUUUUACGCCGGAAUAUCCCUUUAAUGAAGACAAUAAAAAGGAGGAGGUUAAAAUCUGAUCCAUGUUAGGGUUUGUAUUGUAGCAUUCAGACGCACACAGAAGUGAAAUAACUGACAGAAAGUCUUUAGGCGGUCUAAGUCUCUCUAUAAGUGGACACAAAUGUACUCAGUAGCUCUCUACAUGUUAUUUUGAUCCUGGAUGUCUGAGCGCCUUAAUCCACUCUGCAGACAGUGUUUACAACAUGAGCUCUGUGUGUGAGUUUUGGUCAGCUGUUGAGUCAUUACAGCUUUGAAACUUAAUCUUUGCGUUUGUGUGUGCAUGCAUGUUGGUUUGUGUGUGUUUAUGUGUGUGUGUGUGUGUCCUUCUUUUCCCAGAGUCCACCUUGUGGAAGAGCGAGGCCUUGAGUUUCUGUAAGGAGGGUCUGCGCUCGCCUCUCACCACGCUGCCCUCUGAAGCUCUGCAGACAGAAGCUCUCAAGCUUUUCAAGGUCCGCCUCUCCACCUCUAACCUCUCUGUCUGUCUCUUUUGAAUCUUUUUUUUCCUCUCCCUCUCAAUCCUUUCUCCUGAAUCCUUUUUUUCCUUCUGCAUCCUGCUCUGUCGACGAGGGUCUGUUCAAAGCAUCAUCCACCCUACUCCAGUUUUUCCCCUCUAUAGCCCCCAUUAUCCCGCUCCUCCUCCUCAGAUGCACUCUGCUGCCCUCCUCCUCUCUUCCCUCCUGCCUCCAAACCAGAUCAAAGGCUGGAGGACGAGGGCCCCAGCUCAUUAAAAGUGUGGAAGAGAGAUAAUGGCCUUGAUUAUCUGCUCUGAUUGAGGCUAACUGUCCUCUGGUGAGAAAGGAGUCCCUUCAAAGCAGAGACAUGGGAGGUCAGGGCCUUUAGAAAGUGGCAGCAAUGGAUAUGGAAGCCACAGGAUGAGGUGGGAGGGGAAAGAGACGCGCCUUGUAGGAAGAUGGCAGAUCCUUUUCCUCUUUUUUUUCACCCUCCUCACGCCUCACAACCCCGUCCGCUGCAGUCACCACACUGCAGGAUUGAAAGUUGAAUGGAUCGGCUCUCCCUUUGACCAGCCAGCCUUAAAAAACAGUCCCAAACACACACCCACACACACAUAUUCACACAAAGAAGAGGCAGAGUGAAUGGCAGGGACGAGCUUUUCAAGUCUCCGCUUUACUUCGAGCCUUUGAAGUUUUAAUGAAUCUGACAAGACUGAUGAAAACUGUUCAAUUGGUUCUUUGUCUUCAGCUGUGCAUGUGGAUCAGAACAAAGGUCACUUCAGAAAUAAUGACACAUGUUUGAGCUCUGUCUGACCUCAUGCUGUCUAUUUUUAUCUCUCCUGGCAUGAAUAUUAUUAUAUCUGUUGAUUGUGGCCGAUCUGUGCGUGCUACCCUGUUUUCUGCUUUCUAGAGCCAGACUAUCUGUUUCCACCUGUUUGCAACUUUAAUGCUAAACAAGACAAAUCGCCUCCUUUUCUGUGUAACUUCAAAAGAAUGAAGACAGAAAUUUAAAAAAGCUUUUAUAAAACUUUAACAUCACAAAAUGCUCCACGUUUCACACUUUAGAACAGCCGACUGACUGCCUUUCUGAUCUUCCUUCGGAAAACAUAAUUUUAUUACAGUAGAGGGUGGCCAUAGAAACUGUUGUUGUAAAGCACAGCUUCCACCUUUUUUUUUUUUUUUUUUUUUUUUUCCCCAGCCUGCUUUUGAGGAAGCGGUGAGAAGAAAGGGGUAACAAUUCGGGUUGUUAUGUUGUCAUGUACAUUUAUAUUUUGAAAAAGAAUAAGUAAAUAAGUGAAUAAGUAAAGUAUUAAAAAAUAAAUAAACAAAUAAUAUAAAAUCUAGGGACCCUCAUGACCCCUUAAUGUCCUGAUUGUGUUUGAAUAUUUAUUUCUUUUCAAUUUCUUAAAAAAAAGUAUAAUUUAAUUACAGUCGUUGAUGGCCGUAGAAACUUCUGUUAUAGAACACGGCUUUCACCUGUUUUUUAUUUUUAUUUUUAUUUUUAUUUAUUUUUUGUAUUUUUUUCCUCCAACCUGCUUUUGGGAAGAGGGUUGAAAGAAAGAGUAAUUGUUUGGGUCGUUAUGUUUUUAUGUACAUUGAUAUUUUAAAAAUAAGUAAAUAAAUAAUAAUAAUAAUAAUAAUACAUUUUAUUUAUAACACGCUUUUACAGGUUCUCAAAGACGCCUUACAAAGAAGAAAAAAUGAAAAUAAAAAACACUAUUUAAAAUACAGAAAAUUUUGGGAAAUAAAACCAACAAUGUAUGUAAUGUGUUUUUAGAGGUGAUUUGAAAGUAUGGGGGUCUGUACAGUCUCAGAUGGGUUUGGGGAGUGAAUUCCAGAGGAUGGGGGGGGGCGAAUAAAUAAAUAAAUUAAAAAAUAUAAUAAAUAAAAUACAAUCUAGAUGAACCAAAGCUCAAAACUAUGACUGUCUGUGAAAAAAAAACAACUUUAUUCUCACAAAUGUAUAUCUCUUUUUCCUGAAAUCUCUCUUUUCUUAUUUUACUGCACUGAUCUUCUCGUCUAAAUGUUUUUAAAAUCCCUUAAAAUUGCAGUAAAACUGAUUUCUGUAGUUUUAAGAUGCAUUCAAAAUAUCCAUCUUCCCUUGUGUGUGUUUGGUGCCACCUGCUGGUCGUGCAGAGGGAUUAAUGAAGCGUUCCCCUCUCUCUCUGCAGUCCUGUCAGCUCUUCAUCAAUGUGCUGGUUGAGUCUCCAUCUGUCGAUUACCACACCUCCCUGGCCCAGAAUGCUUUGCAAGUGUGCCUGACCCACCCUGAGCUGCAGAACGAGAUGUACUGUCAGCUGAUCAAGCAGACCAACCAUCGCACGCCGCACAACUACUCCCUGACGCAGGUGAGCCGGGCGCAAAAUGAAGCCUGAGGAAGCAGACGCAGAAAAUUUGAACACAUGUCUUUAAUUUUCACUUUUAAUGUCAUGCAAAUUUCACAGCAGAAAUCAUUUUAUAUCCUUAUGAAAUGAAGAUUUUCCUCUUUUUGCCUCCUCUCUCUCUCUCUCUCUCUCUGUAGUGCUGGCAGCUGUUGUCUCUGUGUGUAGCUCUAUUUCUUCCCCAACAACAUUUCCUUUGGUACCUGAAACAGUACCUGCAGCGAAAUGCAGACCCAAGGUGAGUUUUCUUAUUAAAGCAAAGAACAAAACUUUCAAAAUAAGAAUUAUUCAUGAACAGCUCAUGAGUUCCUAUCUUUGUAUUCUGCAGGAGUGAAGUGGGGAAGUACGCCGUGUACUGUCAGAGGUCUGUGGAGAGAACUCUGCAGAACGGGGAGCGGGAGGCCAAACCUUCACGUAUGGAGAUCGUCUCCAUUCUGCUGAGGAACCCAUACCACCACUCACUACCAUUCAGCAUCCCAGUGCACUUCAUGAACAACACCUACCAGGUAAACUUCAGCAGCUGAUUUACUAUCAUACGUCUGUUGUUGCUGUUCCUCUCUUGAAGCUGCAGUUGAAGCUGAAAGUUCAGAUCAGGACUUAAAUCCUUUGAACUGUGAUUUGAACAUGUGUUGGGGUAGAUUUAGAUGAAACAGCAAGUCUCUUUAAACGUCUCAUUCAGAAAGUCAAUGUGAGAUAUGCAAGAGGGACAUGAGAUUCACCCAGUCUGAUAAAUCGGCUUAAAUAAGGAAAAGAAACAAAAAAAGUGAUCAAUCAGAAAAGUCCUGUUUUGUUUCUGCUGUGUCAGAGAAUUUUUGCCCCUCUUAAACAGUCCAGGUCAGACCCAGGGUCCAAAUAAAUUGGCCAUAUUUCAUAAUUGAUUUUCCUGAAUAGAGAAACUUCAAUCAACUCAGUGAUAAUGAUAGGAUGGCAGCAGCGGAGGAGGCUUCUGGAGUGAUGAAAUGAAGUGUUCAAGGGUUUAUUGCGAGCUACAAAAGCCAGGAAAAUCUGCAUGACACAAAAUCCUCCCACAAGAGAGUGGCUGAGUUUGGUUUGGUCGCAAUAAGAGCCUGUGGGGAAAUACAGCAAGCCUAGUGCUAGUUCAGGCAGGCCAGGGAGUCAAGUCCAGCCAACAGUAGCUACGUUUACAUGGAGCCAAAUAUUCCGAAUAGAAUCGGAAUAGAAGCCCAAUCGGAAUGAAAAUGCUCCAUAUAAACACCUCAUUCGGAAUAAACAGGCCCAUUCCGAAUGGAAUUUCAUUCCGAUUCACAGGGGUAGAAUAUUCCUUUUCCCAUUCCGAUUAAAAGCAAAAUCCUGUCAUGUAAACGGUGAAUCGGAAAGUUGUCAGGCUGGGUUCUGUCUGCGCAUGCUCUGUCCUGAUGUAAACAAGCAGUGACGUAUGACUCACAUGGUGGGACAUCAUGUGACAACAUCACGUGAUGUUUGAAGGUAUCACACACAGACAUAAUAAAAGAUAGACCCUGCAUCGGCCGCUACCACGAAUGGGCGCUGUCGAGAAAUGCGGCCGCCAUCUUGGUUCGGUCAUCCGCCUCACUCUGCACCGCUGUUUAACCGGCGGAAUGAAGUCUGAGCGCAUUAAAUGAAUCAUAGUUCGCUCAAUACUAUGUAAUUUUCUUCUCUGCAAACGCCAUUCAAAGAGACAUGAUAGAGGCCAUAUUUUUUUUGGCGUUUUCAAAUACUCAGAAUGAAUAAAAUGAUAUUUUAGAACAUGGCAGCAGUGGCUGUAUUAUAGUAUAACAAUUAAUCAAGGAUAUAUCUAGGUUUAGAGCUAGGUUCCUGCUAUGUCUCAAUAAUUAUUUAUAACUGGCGGUUUUAAGAGGCCAAUUCAAUAUAUAUUGAUUUGAUUAUAUUUUAUUUAGUUUAAUUUUAUUUAUCCAUUUGUAGACACACACAAAUAAUGUCAUAUAGAAGCACUAUUUUAAUAACUGGAAAAUACACACAAAGAAAUAGCCUACAUAUCAAUAAAAAUUAAACACAAGAACAGCAUGACAGGCCAGCAUCUAAACUACAUAUCAAUUUGCUUGUUGGCUACACAGCACAGAGGAAUCACUUGCUGCGAAUUUCUCCCUCUAACAGCAAUCUCCCACUUCUUCCUCAAGUUUUUGUCCUUAGGAAAUCUUCAAAAUGAAACAGGAGAUCACCACAAAGAAAUCUUUAAUAAAACAGAUAAUAAAACAGAGCUCACUUUCUUCCUUCUUCUUUCUAUUUUAUUUCUUAACGUUUCUUAGAACAUCUCUCAAACAAAAUUUUUUCAAUCUAAUGCAAAUCUGUUGAUAAUAGAGCAAAGUUGCUAUUAUUGUGAAUAAGCUAGCUGUUCGCAAAUGCUGUUUCCGUAUGGGAAGCUUGACCUGACCAAGAUGGCGGCCGCAUUUCUCGCUGCGCAGCACCCCCAGCGGGGUCUAUCCUUUUAUUAUGUCUAUGGUAUCACAUGUCUGUAAAUAGCUGUUCCGAUUGAAUGCCGUGGCACAUGUAAACACCAGAUCAGAAUAGAUCGCUUCCAUGUAAACAGUUCGCCUGGGAGCUUCAAUCGGAAUGAUUAUAAUCCGAAUGAGAAAAAAGUCUGCAUGUAAACGUGGCUUUUGGCAUUUUACUCUCCAUGAAUAACAGUCCUUAAAGCUUAAGUGUCUAAAAAGUUGUGAAACCAUGACUCUCAUGUCUCUGAAAGUCCCAUAUUUCGUCCACAGAGGUAAACAGGUUGUGCUUUUUUUUAACUUUCUGUCACAGGUGGUGGGUUUUGACGGCUCCACCACCGUGGAGGAGUUCCUGAACACACUGAAUCAGAGGAUUUGUGUGAGGAAGCCUCAGCUGUCCGGCUUUGCCCUUUUCACCGAUGAUCCAUCAGGCAAAGACCUGGAGCACUGCCUGCAGCCGUCUGCCAAGGUCAGUCUCUUUCUCUCUCUAGUGUUUUCAUGAUUUAAAAUAUUUAUCUGCGACUUCUUGAUUUUUAAAUUCUGUUAUCCAAACUGCUUCUAUUUUGAUUUUAACUCAGUCCUGAUAAAAGUGGUAACUGGACCACAUUUACGGCUCUUUUUUGGCCUCUUUAAAUACUUGUCUAUUGAGUUUAGGCUACUGCCCCCUGCUGGAAGAACCAAGGAUAAUAAAAAUAACUGAGCUGAUUUGUGUCCUUUCUGUUAGAUCUGUGAUGUUAUUUCUAAAUGGGAGCAGGCCCUCAAAGAGCUGCAUCCUGGGAAAAAUGAGGGGACAAGGAUUGUUCGUCUCACAUACAAAAACAGGUAGGAUUUUUAUCGCAGAGACAGAUGUGCCUAAUACAUGUCUAUCAGACAAAUUCAGAGUUUCUUUCAAUUCUGCACAUUCAGAUUGAGCUUCAGAUCUCAGGUGAAAGGGGAGACGGAGCGAGAGCGCCUCCUGCUGGCGUACCAGGUGAAUGACGAGGUUCAGCAAGGCCACUUCCCGGUGAACAAAGAGCUGGCUCUCGAGGUGGCCGCCCUCAUGGCACAGGUCGGUACACUCAUCAGACAUCCACCUUCACAGCUAAGGACCUCCUCUUAAAAUAUUCUUUAUUUUCCUCACCUGUUUUUCCUCUUUUUACACUUUUUAUAACUCAGGUUGAACAUGGUGAUCUGGAGAAGCCGGGUCCUUCCUCUCCUGCUAGUUCCCCUCAGCAUAAAUCUCAGCUGAUUCUCCUGCAGGCCUUAGAGCGCUUCUACCCCAAACGCUACAAACAGGACUGCAGUCCAGAACAGCUCAGGUAAAUAAACACUUCAGUUACACAAAUCAACCAUCAAAUCUCAGUCUGUGCGCUAAAAUCUGCAGAUAUUUUGCAGCAACAACACUUAAAACCCUCAGUCAUAAAUCGGUGUCUCUCAGGAGGACCAGAUCAAACAAAGUUCUGCAGGAUGAUCUUGUUCUGAAUUACCCACAUAUGAAAAAUAUCUACUUGUUUUCUUUUAGAGAUCUUACUGAGCGUCUGGCCACUAAGUGGUCUAUGCUACGUGGGUGCAGUGCAUCCGAGUGUGUGAGAAUUUAUCUAACUGUGGCUCGGAAGUGGCCGCUGUUUGGAGCCAAACUCUUCAGCGCCAAGGUAAGAAAAAAAAAAGAUGUCAGUCUGAUUUUAAAGUUUGUCAUCUUGAGUGAGAAAACCUUAACGCAGCCACCAAUCCCACUUUCAAGCACAGGUCAGACCAGUUUGAGCUCCUGAAGAAGACCCAGACAGGAAGCCGUAACGUUUACAGGCACAGAUGACACCUGAAACAUGACCUCUCUUUAUUUGUCCUGUCCACAGCCGGUCCCUCCCUCUCCUGUCGAGCAGAACCAGGUGUGGCUGGCAGUCAAUGAAGACGGGCUGUGUGUGUUGGACUACACUAUGGUGAGUUUCAGACUGUUACACUAUUCAGGCUGAAGUAUUUAAAGGGAUAUUCCGGCGUAAAAUUAAUUUUAGGGUCAAACACACCGUAACACCAAGUUAGACACUCCCACAAGAGAUGAAUGUUGCUUUGUUGCCAACUUUAGUAACAACUGCAGGAUAGCAAUACGCAGCAGUCUGAGAAGCCAUAAACAAACCUCAACCAAAACACCACUCUAUAGCCACAAAUAAUGUUCAGAACAACACCUAACUUCAUCAACAGGAUAUAUAGGGUCACCGCCACCAAACAUCUUUUUAACUUUACCUAUUUUUUUUAGCAAAGAGAUUAGACACAACUCACCUACUCUCUUCCAGCAGCCGCUUGUUUUCACAGACCUUGGGUCAGUCCAUUAUGGACUACAUUGGGGUGACGCAGCUCAAGGAAGAACAUUUAUGAUCAUUUCUUUAUCAUUUCCUUGAAGUUAUAAUCAUCAUAUUAAUCAUUUUGCACUGCAGACGUGGUAGUUCUCCUGCCUUAGUGUCUCUGUCUGAUUGCAUAUCCAUGAAGAAAUGAUCAUAAAUGUUCUUCCUUGAGCUGCGAAACUCCACUGUCCAUAGUAGACUGGCCUGAGGUCUCGCUACAAACAAGCAGCUGCUGGUAGAGAGUAGAUGAGUUGUGUUUAGUCUCUUUUCUGAAGAAAUUAGGCAAAGUUAAAAAGAUGUUUGGUGGCUAGUACUAUGGCUGGGACCCUAUAUGUACUGUUGAUGAAGUUAGGUGCUGUUCUGAGCAUUAUUUGUGGCUAUAGAGGGGCGUUUUGGUUGAGGUUUGUUUAUGGCUUCUCAGACUGAUGUGUAGGGAAGCAAGCCGUCGGCAACAUUCAUGUCCCAAGAGGGUGUCUGACUCAGUGUUACUGUGUGUUUGACCCUAAAUUAAUUUUACUUUGAAUUUUUCCUUUGAAUUUUUCUUUUUUUUUACGUUUAAGCAAACAGAGUAAUCUUUUUUAACACAUUCCUCCUGCAUUCACUUCUUAUUCAAGGAAAAUUCUCAUAAACAUUUUGAAUGUUAUAUAUGUUGACAAAGUCAGGGCAAGAAUCCAGUCAGACGCCUGUCUGGGCUGGAGCUCAGCCCCGCCCCCCAUAAAGCAGGUAGCAGGUAAAGCUGUGAGACAAAGUGAGACGUUUCAGACUUUGGACUUCAGUUUUUAGCUUCAAAAAGGAGAUAUUUCUUUACAACUGCACAGCUCAGCUGGCUGGACCACAGCUGUGGAUCUUGGUUGAUCCAAAGGUCUCAAGUGAUUUUAUUUUUGUGGUUCUCCAAAUACCAGAAAUCCAAAGGAAAAUAAAACAUUCAGCUUCCAAGUAGACAUUCUUCACCGACAGCAGUUACAACAUGUAUUGAUGUUAGCUUGAGCUUUGUAAUUUUCAGCUGCCAAUGUGGAUAUAUUUCAUCACUGGUCUGGCUGGAGGUGCUGCUCAAGAGCUUUCAGACAGUCAAGAACAAAAUCACAAGAAGUCUGUGGAAAAUCUUGCCCUCUUCUUCUUCUUCUUCUUCCCCAAAUUGCUCUCAAAAAAACAGCAGAAACCAAAAUUAAUUCCAGACUCUAUUUUAAGAUCAGUAAUAAUACCUGAGCGUGCUUCCAGUUCACAUCUGUAUCACUGCACACUCUAAACCGGUCACGCUUCUACUUUUCAGCACACUCUGCUCACGUACUCCUACCAGUCUGUGAUUACCUUUGGCGGCUGCCGUGAUGAUUUCAUGGUGGUCACGAGCCAGCAGAGGGAGCCAGGGGGCGGGAAGAAGAGCGUGGAGAAGCUGGUCUUUGCGAUGGUGAAACCAAAGGUGAGUCAAGUUCUUCGGUUGAAAUGAUAGAGCUUCACCACCGGGAUUCACAGGGAUCAGUCUUGACCACUUCAGGGGGUAAUUUUGCUGUUAAAAAGAGAUCUGAAGGGAUAUGAAAGAGUAGCUCAUUUAACAAAAUCAAGUACCUGAAUACCAUCUGAUUUUAAUUAAAAUUAAUCCACACGCUGAGUUAGCUAUUGUGAUCCAAGGAAAACUCCUUAUCUGCAGCUCAGGAAACUGAAGAUGAAAAUGACAAAAAAGAUUCCUAAACCAUUAAAAUGUCUUAAAAUAAUGGCUGAAUAAUUUAAAAUAUUAGCUUAAUCUGGGUGAAUGAAUUAAAUUAAUGAAAGUAGUUGAUUAAGAGUUUAAAAACUGAGCUGAAAUAAUGAAUAAAUGGUUUUUAAUCAGCGAAAGAUUGAUGAAGAAUUGAAAGAUAGUUGAAAGAGUUAAAGUAACAAACAGAGACAGCUCAAAAUAUUUUAAAUAGUUAAAAAAAGUGAUGAAUUUAUGAUUAGAAUAGCUCCAAAGAGUAUUAUUGGCUGAAGUAAUGAGCUUUAAGUUAUAAAUAACUUGCUGGUAGAAAGUUAAAACAGCUCAAAGUGGCAGAUGAAGUGUCUAGAAAGUAAAAGUUAAUAAUAAAUUCUAAUAAUAAUAAUAAAUUUCAUUUAUCGCGCGCUUUUACAGGUGGUCAAAGAUGCCUUAAGAAGAAAAUAAAAUAAAAAACACAAUUUAAAAUGCAGAAAAUUUUUAGGAAUAAAACCAGUGAUGUAAAAGGUUAAAAAAAGACAAUAAAACAACAUUUCACAGGUUGAAAACCAAUUUAAAAAGGUGUGUUUUUAAGGAGUGAUUUAAAAGUGUGGGGGUCUGUACAGUCUCGGAUGGGUUUGGGGAGUGAAAAGUUAGCAAGUAGAUUGUUUCAAAAGCUUUAUGUUAAUGUUUUAAAAGCUUAAAAAUGGCAAAAAGCUUUAUGUUCAUGCUUGAAAUAGCUUAACUUAUUGAAAUAAUAAAAUGGUUAACUUCAACAAACAUGUAGGUCACUAAAAUUAGCUUACAGAUUAAUGAAGUAUUAAAUAAUAAUGUCAGAAAUUGGGUCAUGAAUAAACUAAUAUUCAAAACAAAAACUGGAAGGAAAUAAGAACCAGCUACUGCACUAAAUAACCUUUUUUUAAACAUGACAUUUGUUGAUAGUUGUAUAAUUAUGGUGUAUAAACAGUUUGAAUGACUAAUCUUUAAACAACAUAAAUUAAAUACAGAGCUCCAAGUCGGCCAUAAAAAGCUGCAGUAGUUGGUUUAAAAAUCCAGAAUAAUAAGAUAAAACUAAAAAAAAUAUUUGACAUUGAAAUCUCAGAGUUGGAUGGACAUUUGCUUCUGUCUCAAGUGGUUUAGAUUUUUAAAAAUCUAGCUAACCAGCCCAACCUUUGGCCUUUUGAGUGUCUAACCGUUAUAGUUACAGUGUUUUAGAGGACUGUGGGGUGUUUGUUAAAGAGUAAUGAAUGAUGAAUGAAUGAAACGUGGUUCAGAUGGAUUUACGGUGAAGGUGUUACAAGAGUUAUAAAAUGCUCUGUAGAUAAGGAAAGCAGGAUUAAUUCCUGUUUUGCAGAGCUGAAAUUAAAUGGAGAAAACAGGCUGUUCCUCCUGUGAAAUGAGCAGAAUCUCAGUGGUGCUGUAACACAGAGUCAGAUUACCGCCGUGGCUGACAUUAAUCACAGAAACUUCACUCUCAGUAGAGGAUCGGUUCAGUUUCUCAGCUUCUCUCUGGGUCUCCUGCUCCCCGUGAUCAAAUGAAACACAAUCAUAUCGUCAUGUUAAAGCCAUUACUCUCACUCUAACCCUGUCUCAGAUCCUGGAGGUGACUCUCCUCAUGGCCAGCUACAUGAACCACUGGAACCCAAACCUCCCGUCUGCCUCGCACCACCAGCCGCUCGGCCACUGGGACGGAGACAGCCGACACUUUCCCGCCAUGAAUUACACCACCAAGGGCCCCACGCUGCUGUGAAGACCAACACGGACUGUUUGAGUACAGGGAGGCCCGAUGACAACAGUAACCUUUAGUCGGCUUCAUGUGUGUCAGGUUGCACGUCUCGGUUUGACAUUUAUACAGAGCAGGUACAGGAGGAUUAUCGUCUAGAGUCCUUUUUAAUGAAGAGUUAGAAUUAGAGAAGUCAGGAUCAGUCUGGUUAGACUAUUUAUUUCCACAACAAAAGAGUCUUUUGAUAACUCUGCUUUAUUUAGAUGUAAGAUCACACUUCGGCUCCUUGGGGAAAACUCGGUGUUGGAAUUCAUGUGUUUAACUACAGUGGAGGUCUGCAGACUUGUUUUCACCUGCAGUGAGAUCCUUAUAGUCAAAUCCACAGUACAUGUUUUUCCAGUUUUCUAGUCGGACUCUUGAAGCUGUGUCUCUGACUGGAACAAUGCAUCACCGCGUGUUAACCCUCAGUUGACAUCUGACUCUUUUAUGUGCAAUUUCAAACUGACUAACUCGACAUGCGGUACUUUGGUUAAAUAGUUUUUAGUGUCUGAUCCUCAAAUCUAGAGAAGCAACAACCAUUCCUCUUUAUCGCUGCAUUUAUUAAUCUGCUGGAUCGUGUCUCAGCUGAUCUCUUGGUCUAUUUAAUGUUAGAAAAUAGAAAAGAUAGAUUAUCGCAGGUUUUCUAGAGCCCAAUUCGACAAAAAUUAGAAGUUUAUUCAAUAAAAAUCACAAAAAGAGCGCAACAGUCACAUUUAAGCUGCUAGAGUGAAUUGCUUAACUCAUUGCUUUCGCAGUUUAGCUCAUUUGUUUCAUGAUGCAUCAAAAUCGAAAACAAUCGUGGGUAACACUUUACAAUUACCAUAAUUUAUAAACGGUAAACCAAUAGUUUAUUAAUGUUUAAUCAUCAUUUUAAAACAGCAUAUAGACCAAUUAUGAAUGGCA